UUCCAAGAAAACCCCCCUCAAGAAUCUCAAGAAGAAACUCGACCGCAGGGACAACGCCAAAGCCUGGGUCUGCACCGUCACUGAAGCCUUGUCCGACUGCAUCCUCAAGAAGCAGUGGCUUCAAGCUCUCCAGGUAUUUGAGAUGCUAAGAGAUCAACCCUUUUACCAACCAAAAGAAGGCACCUAUAUGAAACUACUUGUUCUUCUUGGAAAAUCCGGGCAACCCCACCGUGCCCGUCAGCUUUUUCACGAAAUGGUUCAAGAGGGAUGUGAACCUACUCCCGAGCUUUACACAGCAUUACUCGGAGCUUAUUGUCGAAACAAUCUCAUUGACGAUGCCUUUGCAACUCUUAACCAAAUGAAAACCCUCCCUUGUUGCCAGCCUGAUGUUUUUACGUACAGUACCAUAAUUAAGGCUUGUGUUGAUGCCUCGCGGUUUGACUUAGUUGAAUCACUGUAUGGGGACAUGGACGAGCGGUUGAUAACUCCAAAUACAGUUACCCAGAACAUAGUAUUAAGUGGAUAUGGCAAGGCGGGGAAAUUUGAGCAGAUGGAGAAAGUGCUAUCUGGCAUGUUGGAGAGCUCUGCUAGCAAACCUGAUGUAUGGACAAUGAACAUCAUCCUUAGUGUGUUUGGUAACAAAGGUCAGAUUGAUAUGAUGGAGAGAUGGUAUGAGAAAUUCCGUAAUUUUGGAAUUGAGCCAGAAACGCGCACUUUCAAUAUCUUGAUUGGUGCUUAUGGGAAGAAAAGAAUGUAUGAUAAAAUGUCAUCUGUGAUGGAAUACAUGCGUAAGCUUCAAUUUCCAUGGACAACCUCAACUUACAACAAUGUCAUUGAGGCAUUUGCUGAUGUGGGGGAUGCAAAACACAUGGAAUACACAUUUGAUCAAAUGCGGGCUGAAGGGAUGAAAGCAGACACCAAGACCCUUUGCUGCCUUAUCAAUGGAUAUGCCAAUGCUGGUCUCUUUCAUAAAGUUAUUAGCAGUGUACAGUUGGCAGCCAAGUUUGAGAUACCUGAAAAUUCCUCAUUUUAUAAUGCUGUUAUAUCUGCAUGUGCAAAGGCAGAGGAUUUAAUGGAGAUGGAGAGAGUUUUUAAACGGAUGAAAGAUAAGCAAUGCCAACCAAAUUCAAUGACCUUCUCCAUCAUGGUGGAGGCAUAUAGAAAGGAAGGUAUGAGUGACAAGAUCUAUGAUUUGGAGCAACUAAAACAGGAGUUGGUUAAUAAUGGUACUCUACCUGAGUAGUCCACUGUAAGGAAACCAAUAACAGUGCAACUGCUUCUACUGUAUUUCUCCCAUGACUAAAUCGGAGAAGCAUAACUUUCUCUUUAACGCGACUGUGGUCUUCUUGAAUCGAGUCACUAAAUGAUCAGCUUCUGCAUUGGCCUUGUACAAUGGAUGGCUGAUUACUGCUGCUUCUCUUAGAUCUUUUGUGACGGAAACCUUUUGGGGUUCAUUGAUGUUUUGAUGGAAGCCGUGUGGGCAUCUGUAUUUUUAUGUACAAAGUUGUCAUAAUUAGAUCUAACUGUUGGCCAUCUACACCGUGGGGGUAGUUCAGUUACUUGCAAAUGCCAGUAUUGACUUUUGUGAAAUCUCAAAGAUGUACUGUUCCUUGUUUUUGUUGACUGCCGUGUGGUGUGGAAAGAAUCUGGCACAAUAGAUUAGACACUAUUCUCUUUACGCGUUUGAGUCAACUAUUGUAUUUCUUCUCCAGUGUGCC